GCUCCCUGGCCAUGGAGAGGGGGUCCGGACCCCGGGUCGCCAGGAACCCGGCUCUGUCCCUUUGGACCUCUGUGUAGGCACCUGAGCUGACCGACGCUAAGCAGGGAACGGGAAGUGAUAGUGUAUCAUGUACGCCACUAAUUCGAGGGGACACUCCCCUGCUUUCCAGCAACCUCAGAAUGGUAGCAGCUAUCGCUCAUCUGGUUACAUUCCGGGGAAAGUCGUCCCGCUGCGCCCACCUCCUCCUCCAAAGAGCCAAGCUUCAGCCAAAUUGACCUCCAUGAGACAGGAAACCCGGGCAACUUUAGGAUUCUCUUCCGAAGAACAGAGAGCACAGAGAGAAAUCCGGAAGCAGAAGAGACACAAAAAUACUUUCAUUUGCUUUGCUAUAACUAGUUUUUCAUUUUUUAUUGCACUUGCAGUCAUUUUAGGGAUAUCCUCUAAAUAUGCUCCAGAUGAGAAUUGCCCAGAUCAAAACCCUCUACUCAGGAACUGGGAUCCAGGACAAGAUUCUUCAAAACACAUUGUUAUCAAGGAAGGAGAUAAAUUCCGUCUGACCUCAGAUGCCACAGUGAAUUCUAUAGUCAUUCAGGAUGGAGGACUGCUUGUAUUUGGGGACGAUAAAGAUGGAUCCAGAAAUAUUACUCUGAGGACGCGUUACAUCCUGGUCAAGGAUGGCGGGGCGCUUCAUAUUGGAGCAGAAAAAUGCCGCUAUAAAUCCAAAGCAACAAUUGCCUUAUAUGGCAAGUCAGAUGAAGGGGUGAGCAUCCCGAUAUUUGGCAAAAAGUUUAUUGGUGUAGAAGGCGGUGGGACGCUGGAGCUACAUGGGGCUCGGAAGAUGUCGUGGACGUUGUUGGCAAGGACACUCCAUUCCUCAGGCUUGAUAUCUAGCUCCUAUACCUUUGAUAAGGAGUUUUCGCGGGGCCUCAAUGUGAGGGUCAUUGACCAAGACACGGCCAAAAUUUUGGAAAAUGAGAGGUUUGAUACUCAUGAAUUCCAAAAUGAGAGCAAGCGGCUUGAGGAAUUUUUGAGAGACCAGGAACCAGGGAGAAUCGUUGCUAUAGCUGUUGGGGAUUCAGCGGCCAAGAACCUCUUACAAGGAACGAUACAGAUGAUCCAGGACCGCUUGGGAAGCAAGCUCAUCCAAGGCCUGAGCUACAGACAAGCUUGGGCUUUAGUUGGUAUCGUUGAUGGUGGAAGUGCUGCUUGCAACGAAUCUGUGAGAAACUAUGAAAAUCACAGUAGUGGAGGGAAAGCUCUUGCCCAAGGAGAAUUCUAUACCAUGGAUGGUCAGAAAUUUGCUGUGACAGCUUAUAGUGAAUGGAUUGAAGGUGUUUCCCGUUCAAGCUUCCGGGUGGAGGUUGUGGAUGGAGUGAUACUUCACUUGCUGGAUGAUGUUGGCAGCUGGGAGCCUGGAGACCAGAUUGUGGUCGCUAGCACUGACUAUUCCAUGUACCAAGCAGAGGAGUUCACACUUCUCCCCUGUCCUGAGUGCAGCCGCUUCCAGGUCAAAGUCAAAGAAACACCUCAGUUCCUGCACAUGGGAGAGAUUGUAGAUGGUGUGGACAUGCGAGCUGAGGUGGGAAUUCUCACCAGGAAUGUUGUAAUCCAAGGAGAGAUGGAGGACUCUUGUUAUGCUGAAAACCAGUGCCAAUUCUUUGAUUUUGAUACCUUUGGGGGACAUGUCAUGAUAAAGAAGAAUUUUACUUCUGUCCAUCUUUCUUAUGUGGAAUUGAAACACAUGGGUCAGCAGGCCCUGGGCCGGUAUCCUGUCCAUUUCCACCUGUGUGGCGAUGUGGAUGUCAGAGGAGGGUACAGACACGCGACGUUUGUGGAUGGCCUGUCUAUUCAUCAUAGCUUCUCAAGAUGCAUCACUGUGCACGGGACGAACGGCUUGCUGAUAAAAGACACCAUUGGAUUUGACACACUGGGUCAUUGUUUCUUUUUGGAGGAUGGUAUUGAACAGAGAAAUACUUUGUUUCACAAUCUUGGACUUCUCACCAAGCCCAGCACCCUUCUCCCUACCGACAGGAAUAACUCCAUGUGUAUCGCCAUCCGUGAUAAAGUAUUUGGAAAUUACAUCCCCGUGCCGUCCACCGACUGUAUGGCUGUUUCAACUUUCUGGAUCGCUCAUCCCAACAAUAAUCUGAUAAAUAACGCAGCUGCCGGCUCACAGGAUGCUGGAAUAUGGUAUUUAUUCCACAAGGAAGCUACCGGAGAAUCCAGUGGAGCGCAACUCUUAGAGAAACCAGAACUGACCCCGCUCGGUAUAUUUUAUAACAAUCGUGUCCAUUCCAGUUUUAAGGCUGGUUUAUUUAUUGACAAAGGUGUUAAAACAACCAAUGCCAGUGCUGCUGACCCACGAGAAUACCUCUGUCUGGAUAACAGUGCAAGGUUUCGGCCUCAUCAGGAUGCGGAUCCCGAGAAGCCCCGUGUUGCUGCCGUGAUUGAUCGACUCAUCGCUUUUAAAAAUAACGAUAAUGGAGCGUGGAUCAGAGGGGGUGAUAUCAUCGUGCAGAACUCAGCGUUUGCAGAUAAUGGAAUAGGACUGACCUUUGCCAGCGAUGGAAGCUUCCCAAGUGAUGAAGGUUCGAGCCAGGAGGUGUCUGAAUCUCUCUUUGUUGGCGAGAGCAGGAAUUAUGGCUUCCUGGGUGGUCAGAACAAGUACAUGGGCACAGGUGGAAUAGACCAUAAGCCUCGGACUUUACCUCGGAAUAGGACAUUUCCAAUCAGGGGCUUUCAGAUCUAUGAUGGGCCCAUCCAUCUCAGGAGGAGCACUUUUAAAAAAUAUGUGCCAACUGUGGACAGAUACAGCAGUGCGAUCGGCUUUCUCAUGAAGAAUUCCUGGCAGAUGACCCCCAGGAAUAACAUUUCCCUCGUGAAGUUUGGCCCACAGGUCACUUUGAAUGUCUUCUUUGGAAAGCCUGGCCCAUGGUUUGAAGAUUGUGAGCUCGAUGGUGAUAAGAACUCCAUAUUCCAUGACGUUGAUGGCUCUGUGACAGGAUACAAGGAUGCUUAUGUGGGAAGAUUUGACAACUACCUGAUCCGCCAUCCAAGCUGCGUUAAUAGGACCAAGUGGAAUGCAGUGGUCUGCAGUGGCAGCUAUGCCCAGGUCUAUGUGCAGACGUGGAGCACACAGAAUCUUACUAUGACCAUUGCUCGAGAUGAAUAUCCAUCCCACCCAAUGGUGCUGCGGGGUAUUAACCAGAAGGCUGCCUUCCCGCAAUACCAGCCCGUGAUCAUGCUGCAGAAGGGCUACACCAUCCACUGGAAUGGCCCAGCACCCCGGACUGCUUUCCUAUACCUCGUAAACUUCAACAAGAAUGACUGGAUCCGAGUGGGCCUCUGCUAUCCAGCGAGCACAAGCUUCCAGGUGACCUUUGGCUUUCUACAGCGGCAGAAUGGCUCUCUGUCCAGAAUGGAAGAUUAUGAGCCUGUCCAGUCUCUGGAAGAGCUGCAGAGGAAGCAGUCCGAGAGGAAGUUCUAUUUUGACUCCAAAACUGGGUUACUGUUUUUGUAUCUCAAAGCCAAAGGUAGCAGAGAUGGCCACAGUUACUGUUCAUCUCAGGGAUGUGAACGAGUCAAGAUCCAAGCAACGACAGACUCGAAAGACAUCAGUAACUGCAUGGCCCAAGCAUAUCCCCAGUAUUAUCAAAAGCCGUCAGCAGUCAAGCAGAUGCCCGCCAUGCUUUCUGGACCCUGCCGAGGCUGUGGCACCAGACAGGUGGUGUUUACUAGUGAUCCUCAUAAAAGCUACCUCCCAGUGCAAUUCCAGUCACCCAGUAAAGCUGAUAUUCAACGUGGAAACCCAACUGUUAUCUCUGUGAACGGCACUGACUUCCCCUUCCGAAGCGCUGGGGUCCUCCUCCUCGUGCUGGAUGCCUGCAGCGUUCCAUUCCGGUUGAUAGAAAGGAAGUUUUUCUCUCAUGCUGAUGCCAUUCACUUGGAAGAGUAUUUAAAAACAAGGAUCCCUUCAAGGUCAAUUGUUCUGUUGAGCACAAGAGGAGAAAUUAAACAGUUGAACAUUUCAUAUUCACUAGUACCUCUGGGCUUAGCCAAACCGGCUCAUCUUUAUAACAAAGGGAGUACCGUAUUUCUGGGAUUCAGCGGAAACUUUAAACCUUCAUGGACUAAGCUAUAUACCAAUCCUGCUGGCCAGGGCCUUGGGCUGCUGGAACAGUUCUUACCUUUGCAGCUGAGUGAAUACGGCUGUCAGGGAGUCACCGCCCCCCGCAGGCGAGACCUGGAACUGUUCAAACAAGCUUCAAAAGCACAAUAG